CUGAGUAUUUUCUUCUCCUGGCUCCUUCUAGCUUUCUUCACGGCCAAGAUGGACAUCAUUUCGGGGUCCUUGUUUCAAUACGAGAGCAAGUCAUUUCCCGAGUACUUCUGGAUCUACUUUAAGCUGCUUUUUCCUAACAGUUAUCCUAACAACAAGGCGCCUUGGUUUCGGCUCCUGGUCGGAAUAUGGCUCCUGUCUCUGGUAGUCAUCAUGGGCCUACUCAACUGUACGCUCACUUCUACGAUGCUUGUGAGGAAGACAACGGACUACGUGGACAGCUUUGAAGACUUGCUGCGUUUUCCCAAGGUCAAGAUCGCCACCGAGAAGCUGACUUAUUUUUCGAGGCUCCUGAAGGACCCUGUAGGAGAAACCUUCAGCAAACUGAGCAGCCGACACCAGGAAGUUGUAGGUAUCUACCAGGCCGGUCCGGUGCUUGAGUCAGUAAUGGACGAUGUUCUAAAGAAGAAACGGGUCAUGAUCGGCACGGACGUUAUGCUCAAGUCGCACAUCGCCGACCACUUCGUCAAAACUGGGACCUGUCGACACCACGUGACCAAGGGAAUAGGCGGCACCAUGAACAUUGUGAUGCUCCUCCGGAAGACGUUACCUAAGGAAUUCAAGAGGAAACUUGACAGAUUCAUCACGCACGUGAACGAGUGCCACGCCUACCACAAGGAGAUGGAAUGGCGCCUCCGCAACUAUACCAUGUGUCAGAACGAAAAAGACGACGGCAUCAAGCCUCUCGUCAUGGUCGACCUUCAGGGCGGAUUUCUUAUGCUUGUGGGGGGACUCGGCGCCAGUUUGCUGGUACUGGUCGCCGAGUGGGCGUUCGCGACGAGAACGGUCAGACGACGAACAAAACGGCAGACGACUCUCAGAAAUGCCCCAGUGUUAACGAGACGCGCAUUGAGGAGACGUAUUAAGCUGUACCGGUAGACAUAUUAAGUGACGAAUAGGUCAACGUCACCAGAACGAAUGCAAAAAACGAGACGAAGCGACACCAACUUGCAUUUCCCACACCAUGCUCGUCAUGAUGUCAAAGAUUUCGUCCAGCAGUGUAUGUUCAGCGUAAGAAAUCACAUUGCGUUUGAAUGUAUGCUGAUAUCAAACCAAACAAUUACCUUUAACGAUCCUUCUAAUACUGCAAAAGCUUCGACGUGAAGUUUACGCCGCCAGUGCCGUGGUUGACGAGGUACUCUAAAUUCGAAAAGCUUUCUGGUUUAUUUUUGCUAAAAAGAGCCGCCAGAAAAAAAGUGUCAAUGAAUUUCUUAAAGGAUUGUCAGUUUCACUCGAAGGCGAAACAUUGAAAGCGAUAGCAAGGUUUAGCGAUGCCCUGAAGGCGCCUGAGAAAGCUGGCGUGGUGAUCGAGGAGGGGUGUGCCGGCGGCGCUGGAGGUGUCGCACCCCAAGCCAUCCUAUCGAGCACAAGAUUAUACCAAAGGGAAACCAUCGGUCACAGCGUCCAAAGGAAAGCAUUACGCAAAUUUAUCCUUACGUUCACCACGGUGUGGCAUCUGCACAGCUGCUAAGGAAUGUCAAUGUGUGUGCGCACAGUUAAAGAUCAUGGCAACAGUGAAAGCCCGAACGCUACCGUGCUUCCGGCAGAGUUGAUGGAGUAGAACGGGACGGGCUUAAGAGGUAGUCUGCUAGCCUGCUUGAGCUAAUCAGGUAAUCUAUACAUGCUUAUCAGUUUAUAGCACUUUGGCUAUCUCUCCUUAUACCCCCGUCACACGGGCACACGCAAACCCCUUUUAACUCCGUCGUCUUAAUCUCGAGGGAAAUGCACUCCGUGUCACUCGGUCGCCCUUCCGCCAAGGGAGUUAAAAGGAGCUUUUGCUCAAGGGAGAUCGGCGAUCUCCCUCGGCGGCUGAAGGAAGCACUCCCAUGCCCAUAUUUCUUGUUGCAAAAGUGAUAAUUAUUGUUUGCAUUAAAAGUAA